AUGGCCUCCAUUCAAACUGCUGGUGAAGCAGUGGCCAGAAUUGCCUACCUGUCCAGUGACCUCGUCCUAUCUGUGCAGCCGUCUCUAAGAACCGACUCAUUGUUUUCCAAGUCCCUUAAGUCCCUAAAGACAAACAAUACAACAAGUGCACUGUCAAGAGGCACCCCGGAGGUGCAAACUGUGCGUUAUAAUGAAGACCCCAUUCUGUCUGCCUUCUACCCACUGCAAAAGGGCGAGACUGUGUCUGUCGUUACUGGGUCCUCGAUCUUGAUCACCUCAGUUCCUCACCUGUACCGCCUCGCCAACUACCCCGUUGUCAUCCAUGUAGCUCUGGAGUCCUCUUCGACCCCCGACUACUCCGUGAUCAGCUCAAUUCGCCAGUGUGGCUUCACAUUCCUGCACUCCGAGACUGUGCAAGAGGCUCAAGAUAUUGCCAUCACCGCUCAUGCUUUAGCUCUUAAGUCCGGAAAGGGUGUCAUUCACUUUUUCGACCCUGCCAACUCUGUCCAGGAUGCAGCAAUUGCCACCGAGGAUUAUGAUCUUGUGAAGAAGAUUCUUCACCUGGCAGGAAAUUCUGUUUCUCAUGAAUCUACUGGAGCUGAGACUCUGUAUGUCGACUCUGGCCGUGCAGCCACUGUCGAUACUGAGGCAGUGAUUGUCCCGACUAGCUUGGAUGUGCUUCAGACCCCUUCCAGUCCAAGCGCUGAUAACUCUUCUGUUGGCUCAUCCAACCGCGCGAGUAGUGUCGGAAGCGAGGUCACAGAAGCUACCACUAUUGAGACCCCCAGCUCCCGUGAAGUCAACUCGGCUGAUAUCUUUGCGUUUACUACUCAGAUUUGGACUGCUCUUGCUCAAGGCACUGGCCGCACCUACAAGGCUAUCGAAUAUACCGGUCCUACUGAUGCUAAGUCUGCCGUCUUUGUCUUCGGCUCCUCUGGUGUCUUUGCGAAUGCUUUGGCCAAUGCGGAGGCCAACAGCGAACUUAAUAACGUCGGUCUUAUCACCGCUCGCCUGUAUCGCCCAUGGAUCGGUGGUCAGUUUGCCAAGUCGAUCCCAAGUUCUGUUGAGAAAAUUGCCGUUUUGGAGCAGGUUCGCAAGACCACCAAGUGGGGUCCGUCUUUCAUGGACCUGCUGUCUAGCCUGACUUCUUUGUCUCUUAAGAUUGUCGGCUACCGGCUCGGACACGUGGACCCUACUACCGCUGUUCAGGCCCUUCGUGGAGCUCUUCAGAACUUGAAUGCUGCAUCGCCCAUUCAAAACUUGGAAAUCGGAAGCUCCAAGGUCCCCGAGGCCCUGGCCGCUCUCGAGCAGCCUCAACUUGAGAAUGCCUACCUCAAGAUUCUGAACCAGCUCUUUGGUGAGCGUCUUUACAUCGCAAACCAACUCGGUGCCCAGAAUGCCGGUGUCUCUUCCCAGAUCGCCGCCAGCCCUGAGUACGGAUUUGGUUCCUUGAUUGCUCGCAAGGAACACCGCGCCCGAUUUGUCCGGGAGGUCGAGGAAGCUUCCAAGUCUUCCACUUUCUCCACUGACAACACCAAGACCUGGUUGUCCAAGUGGGCCUUGAGCGCCAACGAUGCUUCCAAGGCUAACAGCAUCGCCCCUGAUGUGAUCGCUCACCUCUCUGAGGAUGCCUCGGAGCUGUCUAACCAGCUAUUGAAGUCCAAGCAGCUUUUCUUUGAGGAAUCUCAGUGGCUCAUUGGCUCCGAUGCCUGGGCCUAUGACCUGGGUAACUCCGGUGUUCAUCACGUUCUGGCCUCUGGUGCUAACGUCAACAUGCUGAUCAUUGACUCGCAACCAUACUCUGAGCGUGCCGCCGCAGAUCCCACCCGCCGUAAGAAGGAUAUUGGUCUCUACGCCAUGAACUUUGGCAAUGCCUACGUUGCGUCCACUGCAGUCUACAGCUCGUACACCCAGGUUCUCCAGGCUAUGGCCGAAGCUGAGCAGUUCAAGGGCCCUUCAGUCGUUGUUGCUUAUCUACCCUACCUAAAGGAGGAUGACUCUGCUCUCACUGUUCUCCAGGAGACCAAGAAGGCUGUUGACCUCGGUUACUGGCCCUUGUACCGCUGGAACCCCGACAAUGAGACUAAUAGAUUUUCUUUGGACUCUGAGAGAAUUAAGCGGGAGUUGGAGCAGUUCCUCGACCGGGACAACCAGCUUACCCAGCUUAUGAGCCGCCAGCCCAAGUUUGCUUCUGUGCUUUCUGAAUCUUAUGGUACCGAGGUUCGUGCCGUGCAGAAGCGCAAGGCUAAGGACUCCUAUGAGAAGCUCCUGGACGGUCUCUUCGGCGCUCCUCUGACCAUUCUGGUUGCUUCCGAUGGUGGCAACGCACAGAACAUUGCCAACCGCCUGGGUAACCGCGGCCGUGCCCGUGGUCUGAAGACUUCGGUCUUCGCUAUGGAUGAGUAUCCUAUUGAGGAUCUGGCCACUGAAGAGAAUGUCGUCUUCAUCAGCAGCUCUGCUGGUCAGGGUGAAUUCCCCGUCAACGGCCGCAGUCUCUGGGAACACGUCAAGAACUCUGGUGAUCUUGACUUGUCUUCCAUCAAAUACUCCGUCUUCGGUCUGGGUGACAGCCACUACUGGCCCCGCAAGGAGGAUAAGAUCUACUACAACAAGCCCGCGAAGGACCUCGAUGCUCGAAUCGCUUUCCUCGGUGGCAGCAAGCUUACUGAUCUUGGUCUCGGUGAUGAUCAGGAUCCUGAUGCCUACCAGACUGGCUAUUCUGAAUGGGAGCCCCGCCUCUGGCAAGCCCUGGGUGUUGACAAGGUUGAGGGUCUUCCCGAGGAGCCCGCUCCCCUGACCAACGAGGACAUGAAGAUUCAGUCGAACUUCCUGCGCGGCACUAUUGCCGAGGGUCUCGCAGACGAGUCUACUGGUGCCAUCUGUGCCGUUGACCAGCAGCUGACCAAGUUCCACGGUACCUACAUUCAAGAUGAUCGCGAUCUCCGCGAAGAGCGCAAGGCCCAGGGUCUUGAGCCUGCUUACGGCUUCAUGAUUCGUUGCCGUCUCCCUGGUGGUGUUGCUACCCCAAGACAGUGGGUGCAGAUGGAUGAAAUCAGCAGCUCGCACGGUAACGAGACCAUGAAGCUCACAACCCGACAAACCUUCCAGUUCCACGGUGUUGUCAAGCGCGACCUCCGUGGCGCCAUGCGUGCUAUUAACAAGGCUCUGAUGACGACCAUCGCUGCCUGUGGUGACGUGAACCGUAACGUUAUGUGCAGUUCCUUCCCCGAGGCCUCCCACUUCCACCACGAGACCUGGACUGUGUCCCAGAGGAUCAGCAAUCACCUCCUCCCCUCGACUACCGCCUACCACGAGAUCUGGCUGAAGGAUGAGAACGACAAGAAGGUCCAGGUUGCCGGUGACGCUGUAGUGGAUUCCGAGCCCCUCUAUGGCCCUACUUACCUUCCCCGCAAGUUUAAGGUCACCAUUGCCAUUCCUCCCCACAAUGACACUGAUGUGUACGCCCACGAUGUUGGUCUGAUUGCCAUCAAGGGUGCUGAUGGACACCUUGAGGGCUUCAACGUUCUUGCUGGUGGUGGUAUGGGUUCUACUCACAACAACAACAAGACAUACCCCCAGGUUGGUCGCAUGCUCGGAUAUGUCCCUGCUGACCAGGCUCACAUCGCCUGCGAGAAGAUUAUGCUUGUGCAGCGUGACUUCGGUGACCGCAAGAACCGCAAGCACGCCCGUCUCAAGUACACCAUUGACGACAUGGGCAUCGACGUCUUCCGCAGCAAGGUCGAGGACCUCUUGCCUGAGGGCCAGAAGUUCGGCGAGGCCCGUCCAUUCAAGUUCGUGUCCAACGUCGACACCUGGGGCUGGAUCAAGGACGAGACAGGUCUCAACCACUUCACUUUCUUCAUCGAGAACGGUCGUAUCGAGGAUACCGCCGACUUCAAGAUGCGCACUGGUCUCCGUGAGAUCGCCUCGCUCGACAAGGGCCAGUUCCGUCUCACUGGUAACCAGCAUCUGAUUCUGUCCAACAUCGCCGAUGAGGAUCUGCCUCUCAUCAAGGAAACCAUGGCCAAGUACAAGCUUGACAACACCGCCUUCUCCGGACUGCGUCUGUCAUCUUCUUCCUGUGUUGCCUUGCCAACUUGUGGUCUCGCCUUGGCUGAGUCUGAGCGUUAUCUCCCCGUCCUGAUCUCCAAGCUUGAGGAUAGCCUCGAGGAGAACGGCCUAUCCCGCGACAGCAUUGUGAUGCGUAUGACUGGUUGCCCCAACGGUUGUUCCCGCCCCUGGCUCGCCGAGAUCGCCUUCGUCGGUAAGGCAGUCGGUGCCUACAACAUGUACCUGGGCGGUGGCUACCACGGCCAGCGCCUGAACAAGCGCUACCGCUCUUCGAUCAAGGAGGAUGAGAUCCUCGAGAUCACGAAGGACCUGUUCAAGCGAUACUCCAAGGAGCGCAACACUGAUGGCGAGACACCCGAGCGUUUCGGUGACUGGUGUAUCCGUGCUGGUAUCAUCAAGGCUACCACUGAUGGAACCAACUUCCACGAUGGUGUUGCCGAAGAUGAGGAGAAUGAGUAA